UGUUCCCGCGAUAUUUUAUCAUAGAUAUCGAUCACUUGUUUAUUAAACCUAGAAAAUAAAAUCUACAUCUAGAGUCUAGAUCUAGUAGAAUUUAAUCCAGAUCUAGAUAUCUAGAAUAGAUCCAGAUCGAUCUACUCUAGGAUUAUACUACAACAAUGCCCAAAAGAAACAACCCAUUUGGUGAUCACUCAAGUCUUCAACUAAAAACACAUGUUGGGGAAAAAGAAGUUGAUAAAGGAGUUGCAAUGCAAACAAGAAUGCAAUCUGUCUAUGAGAGAACACAUGCUCUUUUAUUCAGUGGGAUGAGACAAAUGCAUGAAGUGAGAGUUGAGUUAGAUGGCAAUGACAAUGAGAUGUGCAUUGAUGAACAAAAUAAAUUUGACAGCUCAGCAUUACAUAAACAGUUAUAUUUAAACAAAAACUGUAAGUUGGUCCCAGCUGAGGAUGAUCCUAUGGAGACUGACAUAAAACCUUCACAUCAGGUUUCAUUGGUUUCUAAAGACAUAACACCAGAAUCUACUGGUCUAAACAAUCAACAUAGUUGCCAUGGUUUUUCAUUACCAACUGAAAGUGGUGGCAGAGAAUAUGUUGGCCAUCCAACCAAAGUUGUCUCCUCCUCAAACAAGAUACCAUGUUCUGAAGCUGCACCUCUGUCUGCCAAUGCUGGUUCUAAUGUAUUUAAGCACAUGAGACUUGCUCAGUUGAAACUUCUCUCACUUGAAAAAUCUGAAGCAUUGGCUAGAGCCUGUCACAAUUGUCGAAAGCCAGUCCAGACCAGAGAUGUGAUAAAAUGUCAGUUUUGUGAAGGAUAUGUUUGCUGCCAAUGUGUGCGCCAGUGCAGGCAUUGUCACUUACAUUUUUGUCAACUUUGCUCUGUUUUAAACUAUGACCAGUCUACAGUGAGAGCUUUUUGUCUCAGUUGUAAUGAUGAAGAAAAAAGUAAUGCACUCUUAUCUACAUAGGAAAAAUGCUAUUGGCCUGCAUUUGAAAAUUUCAGCAUUUUCUUCUAGGCAUAAGUAAUCUUUGAUAACUUUUAUCUAUGUUUGGUCAGUUAAGAUAUUGAGUUGCAUUUAUAUUCUUUUCUGCACUUGUUAAUGUUUUGCUACAUGCCAACUUAAGUAUAUCGAGGGAUCUAAAAAUGUAGUCUAUUUUUGUGGCUUUUAAACUUUAAAAAAAUUUACACUAUAGGAAAAAAUGUAUCGGCAGAAGUAUACAGUACAUUAAAUACUCACUGUAACUGUAAGCCAAUCAAAGUUACUUAUACCCUAUUCUUUUGGUUUUCCAUUGAAACAUUUCUGUCUAAAACUUGUAUAUUUAAAUACCAAUUUGAUUGCAAAAAUAAUUUAAUUUUACUUGGAUGCGAUGGUAAAUAUCAUGACUACGUUAGCAAGAGCUUCUGUAUAUUGAACUGGAUUUCAUUCAUGGGGUUUGAAUAUUUUUUAUCUGAUUUUUAUCUUUUUGCUUAAUUUUGUAGGCAGCAGUGUAAAUAUUUUAAUACUUGUUUAGUUUGACUCUAAUUUUGAACAUAUUUUUUAUUUUCAUUUUACAUAAUUUAUGUUUUACAUUUUUUUUUUUGAAAAAAUUUAAAAUAUUGUUUAUUAUCUGCACAUCUUCAAAUAAUAUGCCUAUUCAAUAAACAUGUUUACUUUGGCUGAACAAUUGAUAUACUGCAGUUAGUUAUACAAAGUAAUCUUUUUUGCUUGCUCAGUAAUAGUUUUAAAAAUUUAUUUACUGUGCUAAUCAAACAUUUAAGAUAUUUAUGUUGUGAUAUUUUUCAUACAGUUUAUGAAUAAACUUAAAAAGU